AUGAAAAGGAUCCCAUAUGCAUCUGCUAUAGGAUCUAUAAUGUAUGCCAUGACAUCUACCAGGCCAGAUGUGGCUUACGCGCUUAGCAUGACAGGCAGAUUUCAGCAAAAUCCCGGUGAGGAACAUUGGAGAACUGUCAAGACUAUUCUAAAGUACCUUAGAAGGACUAAAGAAUACUUCUUAGUCUAUGGUGGACAGCCAGAGUUAUCAGUUACUGGGUAUACUGAUGCUAGCUUCCAAACAGACCAUGAUGACUAUAAGUCACAGUCUGGCUAUGUCUUCAUCCUCAAUGGUGGAGCAGUUAGUUGGAAUAGUUCCAAACAAAGCACUACUGCCGAUUCCACCACCGAAGCCGAGUAUAUUGCUGCAUCUGAAGCUGCCAAGGAGGCUGUUGCUCUGUUAGAGUUCGUGAAAGAACUGGGUGUCGUUCCAAGUACCAAUAGUGCAAUACCAUUGUAUUGUGACAACACUGGUGCGGUUGCGCAAGCAAAGGAACCAAGACCCACGAAUAGAAACAAGCACAUUCCCCGGAGAUAUCAUCUGAUCAGAGAAAUAAUAGAGAGAGGCGAUGUGAAAUUAGAAAGAGUACCCACUGAUGAUAACUUAGCUGAUCCUUUCACCAAGCCGUUGUGUAUAGCAAAACACAACAAACACUUUGAGAGCUUGGGUGUUAGACAUGUUGGAAGUUGGCUUUAAUUUAGUGGGAGUUUUGUUUGAAUGUCUUAGAAACAAUUUGUAAUGAGACAUCCUUACUUGAUCACAUUUAUAUAUAUGUUAUUUGAUUUCAUGGGCUUGUGCAUUUAUUGGAAUAAUUUGUUUUAUUGUUUGACAUUAUUCUUUUAUCUGUUCCCUUGAAUUAUCACUGUUAUUAAUGAUGUGAGACAUUAAUGAU